AUGCCACACCCGGAUUGUUCGCGGCGACAGAUUGCACCGAAAGCAGAUGGCUUUUCAGCCGAUCUUGGAAACGUACCGAUCACACUAGACGAGCUCGAAAUCGAUUUGUACCCCGUAUCGCGCUCUCGUACCGAAGGCCCAUGCUUUGCUCAAGAGAGCGUGAUUGUCACGUGGGACGGAGGGGAUGACCCCAAAGAUCCAUACAAUUGGCCCCUUUGGAAGAAAUGGCAGGCCACGGGCAUUGGCUUGCUUGCGAGCUUUGUCUGCUCGAUGAAUGGGACCAUCCUAACGGUGGCUCAUACGGCCAUUGGGGAAGAGUUUCACAUUUCCGAUGCGACGUUCCCCAAUUCCUACUGGCUAACAACAUCUUGGGCUAUCGGGGCCGCGCUGUGUCCGCUUCUUCUGUUUCCUGUGAUGGAGGACUUUGGCGUUCGACCUGUCCUUCUCACCACCUAUUUUUGCUUUAUUUGUUUUUUGAUUCCUGUAGGGCUGGCACCAAACUUUGCCACCCUAAUUGUGGUUCGAUUCUUCAGCGGAGGAUGUGUUCCGCUGAUAAGCGACGCCGUUGCCGGUAUUACAUCGAAUGUCUUUCACGGCGAUCGAGCCCGGAGUCUCCCAAUUUGUCUGUACGUGACCAUCUAUCUGGCGGCGACAAGCCUGGGCCCGGUCGUUGGCUCUGCCAUCCUGCAAUUCCUGUCAUGGCGCUGGAUUGGUUACAUCGAAUUGAUCUGGACCGCUGCCCUAUUUCCGAUCCUGAUCUUCGGUCUGCCAGAGAGCCGCGGGCCGGCGAUCCUGCGCGCUAGGGCCAAACGACUGCGCUGCGAGGGGAAGAACGCGUACACUACCGAGAAGAUCGAUCAAGUAGCAUUGCCUCAGCUUAUCCUGCUGAGCGUUCAACGGCCUCUGUACAUGCUAUGUACUGAAGGGGUCGUGUUCGUUGCGACGGUGUGGGCUGCCUUCAGCUUGGGAACGAUCUAUCUUUUUACGCAGUCGGUCGAGCAGGUAUACAAGGAGCUAUAUGGGUGGGAUCCCAUCCAGUGCGGGUAUAUCCAAGCUGCGAUUGUGAUCGGGGAACUCCUGGGCGGUGGAUUUUGCAUCUUAACCAAUCCCUGGUACUAUGCAUCUGCUACCCGCAAUACCGAGGCACCGGGCACGCCGAUCCCGGAGGCUCGGCUACAUGCAUCGAUCAUUGGUGGAUUCUUUGGUGUCACGGGCGGCAUGUUCGUGUAUGGGUGGACAUCGUACACUUCCAUACACUGGAUGGCACCCACCGUCGGCCUGGCGAUGGUGGGGUUUGGGACGACAGCGGUCAUUGUUGGUAAUGCUAACUAUCUCAUCGACGCGUACAGCAAGUAUGCUGCGAGCGCCCUCGGGGCGGUGGGUUUCGUCGAGAACAUCUCUAUCGCUUUUCUCCCUCUGGCCGCAGCAGCCAUGUACACGAAUCUUGGAUUUCAGUGGGCCAGCUCGCUGCUUGCAUUUGUAUCUUUGGCCCUGGUGGCGACUCCUUUUGUGGUCCUCCAAUGGGGCAAAGAGAUCAGAUCUUACAGCCCAUUCAUGCAAGAGGCCACUGUAGAGCGGCGGCGAGACAAUGCCGCAGCCGAAGGUGUAUAA